AUGUCCAUAACUCAAGAACCUCCCGGAUUGAAAACAAACCCACUUGAGUCCGAACCAACAUCAGAAAGGAAAUCCAAGAAGAGGACCCGCCAACGUGACGCCCCAUUUCAUGGUGUGAGAAAACGUAGUUGGGGCCGUUAUGUAUCUGAAAUUCGGUUACCCGGUAAGAAGACCAGAGUAUGGCUCGGGUCAUUUGGAUCACCGGAGAUGGCUGCCCGGGCCCAUGACUCGGCCGCUUUCUUUUUAAAAGGCAACUCAGCGUGUCUCAACUUCCCUGACUCAGUCGGGUCACUUCCCCGCCCCAAGUCUUGUUCUAGCAAAGACAUCCAAUUGGCAGCGGCCAAAGCUGCAACUGGGUUUGACGAAACGAGGGUAGGUAACGUGGUCGGAUUUGAGGAUUGCGAGUCGGGUGGAGAACCCGAUAGUUCAAUUUGGUUGGGUUUGGGUGAGAUAGAAACGGUGUCGUAUGAAGAAGUGAAACGAACUCCUUUAUUGAGUCCUUUGCGAUUCGAUUCAGUGAGUGGAAAUGAUGAAGUGUUAUAUAUGAACGAUGAGGAGCUUUUAUUUGCUACAUAUUUGUAA